AUGCGCUACAGCUGCCAAUGGGAAGGCUGCUCACGUUUUGAUGUGGAGCAGCCUUCGAGGUUUGCGCUCAUAUCCCAUUGCAGAACUCAUACGGGAGAGAAACCCUAUUUCUGUCCGAUCCCCGAGUGUGACAAGCAUUUCACACGGUCAGAUGCUUUAGCUAAGCAUGUCAAAGGCGUGCAUGAUUUGCACCAGCACAGAGACGCCAUUGCGUUGAUGAAAUACAGAAAGGAGAGAAACAAGGGAGACGUGCCUUUGAAUGAGGAGUUGGAUACGAUGACGGAGGAACAGUACGCAGUGCUCCUCAGACGAGACUACGAAUUAAGGAUGCCUUGGUGGUUCUCUAAAAGAUUCGUGGAUGCACUUAAAGAGGAAGAUGCGUCUUUGCAGACCCUCUAUGACCAGCCUCAGGAUCUAAGGCAGUACGACUUGGCCUUGUCAAGGUACAAGACUUUCUUGAGGAACCAGCAGAAUGACGACCUCUUGACGGAGAUGCCGGAGGAGGCUGCCAAAGUGGUCAAGAAUACCAUUACGAAUUAUAAGCCUGAUACUGUCCCUGUGUAUGAGGGCAACGACCACGCUAAGCUUGUAGCUACUUACAGUAGGCUCACCAACAAGCUUGCGACGGCUAAGAAAAUACAGCAAAUUACAGAAAAGAAACUAGCUGAGGCCAUGAAGGAGAAACGAAGACUUUGGGCAAUUAACCAGGUUCUUUUGGAUGCAAACAUUGAGUUGAGCUUGCCCUCAAACACUGGUUCCGAGAAUGACGGUGUCCUUCUAGACGAACUAGACGAGGUUAUUUUGACUGAUGGGCUAGCAAAAAAGUGA